AUGGCUCCCCCAACAAGUGCAUUGUCUUCAUUGCUGCUGCUGGUGACCAUUGCAGGUGGGGCCUGUCAGCAGUGCAGUGAGGGGAGAAUGUAUUCCAAUGCCAUCAUUUCAUCUAACUUGGAAACCAUUAGAAUCACGCGGGUGUCUCAAACCUUCUCCCUGGGGGACUGCACAGCCGCUUGCUGUGACCUGCUCAGUUGUGACCUGGCCUGGUGGUUUGAAGGCAGCUGCUACCUGGUGAGCUGCCCACACAAGGAGAACUGUGAGCCCAAGAUGGGCCCCGGAAGGUCUUAUCUCACUUUUGUUCUCAGAGCUGCUCAGAGGCCCACCCAACUGCUGGACUAUGGGGAGAUGGUGCUCAACAGGGGUGCCCCCUCUGGAGUCUGGGGGGACUCACCUGAGAAUAUCAAGAAGGACUUGCCCUUUCUAGGCAAAGACGGGGUCCUGGAGGAGACAGCAGAGUACCCUGAUGACUACCGGGAGCUGGAGUCGGACCUCCUCCAGCCCAUCAGCAGACAGGACCCCAGAGGGAGUGCGGAGUACACCGACUGGAGCCUGCUGCCUGGCAGCGAGGGAGGUGUCAACGGCUCAGCUGCUGGACACAACCCUUCCACGUCCCCAGAGAAGCUCCUGGCCCCUGCGCCCCGCGGCCUGGACCCAGAGCUCCACGCACUGAACGAGUCGGCCUGGACCCCGGCCCCUGAGCACUCUCCUGAGGGCCGGGUGUUGCUUCCAUCAGUGACCACUCCAUCUUCAGGAGAGGGUCUGCAGAAAGAACAGGCGUUUCAGCUCCAAGAGCAGCAGAGCAACAGCUCUGGGAAGGAGGUUCUAAUGCCUCCUCAUGAUCCUCCUCCCGCCAGCCUGGAAUCCAGCCCAGCUACCAUGGAGAAAAGCUCAGUUCUCACAGUCAUCCAGCUGAGCACAGAACACAGCAUCCCAACAAUUCCCCCUAGCACUGUCCCUCCUGGAUCCACCACACCUGAGGGACCUGUAUCUCCUACUGCAGCUCUCAAGACAGUGAAGGAACUCAUUGUGUCUGCUGGUGAUAACCUAAUGAUAACCUUACCCAACAAUGAAGUUGAACUGAAGGCCUUUGUUGUGCCAGCGCCACCUGCAGAAACAGCCUACAAAUAUGAGUGGAGUUUAAUAAGCCACCCUGUAGACUAUCAAGGUGAAAUAAAACAAGGACACAUGCAAACUCUUAACCUUUCUCAAUUGUCUGUAGGCCUUUAUGCCUUCAGAGUGGCCGUUUCUAGUGAAAAUGCCUUUGGAGAAGGAUUUGUCAAUGUCACCGUUAAGCCAGCCAGAAGAAUCAACCUGCCACCCAUAGCAGUUGUUUCUCCUCAAACACAAGAGCUCACUCUGCCUUUGACAUCAGCUCUUAUCGACGGCAGCCAAAGUACAGAUGAUACUAACAUCGUGAGCUAUCACUGGGAAGAGGUUAAUGGGCCCUUCAUAGAAAAGAACACCUCACUUGACUCCCUCUUGCACUUGUCUAACCUUGGUCCUGGAAACUACACUUUCAGGCUGACCAUUACAGAUUCAGACGGAGCUACUAACUUCACAACUGCGGCCGUAAUCGUCAACAGUGCUGUGGACUAUCCACCUGUAGCCAACCCAGGACCAAAUCAGACCAUCACUUUGCCCCAAAACUCUGUCACUUUGAAUGGAAACCAGAGCAGUGAUGAUCACCAGAUUGUUCUCUAUGAGUGGGUCCUGGACCCUAGGAGUGAGAGCAAAGAGGUGAUCAUGCAG